AUGCCAUUCAGAAGUUUCAUCUACAAGGUGGCAGAGGACGGGCAAGAUCUUCUCGCCGAUGUACAUUUCACCGAGAGCUCCCACAACAACGAAAAUAAAGCUAUUGUGCUGGUAUUUCAUGCGGGCGGCUACACUCUCGGCUCCCGUACCCUUGUUCCAGCAGCCACCCUCCGAUCGCUCUGCGCUCGUGGUUUUGUGGUGGUAUCCGUCGAUUAUCGUCUUUGCCCACAUGUCUCAAUCUGGGAAGGGCCUAUGGCGGACGCGCGAGAUGCCUUGCAGUGGGCGCGGAAUGCUCUGCCAGGCCUUUUGAAGAAGGAUGCCGGAGUGGAUAUUGACGGUGAGAAAGUCAUGGUAUUCGGGCAGAGCUCCGGGGCCACGCUGGCGUUGCUUCUGGGAGGUCUCCCCAAUCCUCCGCGAGCCAUUGCCGCCCUCUAUGGUGCUGCGUACUUCGCAGACAGUGUUUGGAGCACGCCUUCCCCUGGUGCUGCCAUGAUGCCCGUUGUCGACAGAGAUUUUGCCGACAAGGUCUACUCGGAGCCACCUACAUCUCAUGCAGAAUUUCAAACGACUCAAUAUCUGGCCCCUGGCCAAAUGCCGGUGCCUGAUCUGAGCAAACCCCGCGAUGCGUGGAUGGUGCUGGGCUUUAAGGAGGGUAAUCAUUUAGCCAAAUGCGUGAAGGAUGGCAAUUUCGAGAGAGUGGAUCCGGCGACAUACUUUAGGGAAGAAUUUCCCCCAACUAUCUUUGCAACCGGAACUGCGGAUCACUUUAUCGAUCCGGAUUGCUCCCGGAGGAUGUAUGAAGAGCUCAGGCGAUUGCGGGUAUCCACAAAGCUAGUGACUGUAGAAGGUGGUGACCACGGGUUUGAUUUUGGCAUAGACGAAGAGGACGCGAAUUUCCAGUCUGGCGUGGUACCGGUAUUGGAGUUUUUGGAGGAGUACGUCAAUAGCUGA